ACUUUGACAGUUGAAGCCAAGGCCAGUAUUUGCUGCCGCCUUGUAGAUCUUAGGAGCGCAUACAUCGCAAUACUUAGGGUCCGCAGCGGCAGGCACUCCGGAGAGAUUGAAGGCACGAGAUGGGUCAAGAACUCGAAACUGGCAAUUAAUCAUUGUCUGGUAAACCGAAGCAAUGGGAGCACAGUGCAUUAGGUGACCAGCGGCAGGUACCAAGGCACGAAGGUACGAGAAAGUGUCGAAGGAGACCUGGAUUAAAUCGCAAACAAAUGAAGGAGAACUCAAGCUCUUCAAUUCACAUUCGAUCUCAACUAGUACACUUUGUGUUUAACAGUCUGAAACGAUGUCACACCUCUUCACCAGGAACUUGACCUUCCAGUCCAACAACCUCGGCAAGGAGGCGACGAUCAUGCUCACUUUCGAUGCCGACAUGGAAGGUCUCUACGAGGACUUCUUCCCAGUAGUUUGGAAAGUCAGCACAUUCGGGAAGACGGGUGGGCGUUCCUACUCUUGCGUUUCCGAGUCGCUGACUUAUAUACGACCCCUCUUUCCAGGUCCAUACGAGGCUCACGCGACCUACACGAGCCAGCUCGCUUUCUCCAAGCCGCAGGUCGUGGAUGGAAACAUCAUCGACGCUGAAACAUCCGUUAAGAUCAAUGUCAGCGAGAAAACAACCCUGACCGUGGCCAACGAUGUCUACCACUUCUCUCCCCCUCAGGCGGGAGUCGCUGGUGUCUUGCAGGCCGUGAACAGCACUGGGGACGUUCAGGACAUUGCAGUCGGCUUCAUGAGCCCAAAAGAGUUGAUGCCCAAGCCCGCACUCUACUUCAACGGUGUCGGAGAUGGCAGUCACGUCACUGCUCGGUUCACUCCGGUUCUGCGCGUUUACGUUACGUCGGACUAUCAACAGACCGCAAUCAUACGAGGUGCUAUCGACACUCCUGCGAUCUGGUCGCAGGACCUCGCUGAGCUCGCUGAGAGCACGACUUGGACGCUCAAUCGCGACGCGGCCACGGGACAUUACACGAUUGUCCAAUCUUGAUUAAGCAAUCUGACAUCGGUGCGCCUAACUAUGUGAUCUGUAAGGUCUCAAGUUCUCCCUGUUCUCGUCGCCUACUUUUCUUUUGUAUGAUCGCUUGUGUCUCGUGUAAUACUUUGCGACAGUUGGUGCUGUUUUGAUCGAUAGGCCUCUUUGUAUACUUGAUUGAAUGACCAGCGAUGGCCACACAAUUCAGCCAAUAGGAAGACAACUUGAAUAGCUCGCCCGAUAACGCAGAAGAAGAAAUUUACAUCACCCUCUGGUUCUACGACCU